UUGAUGCCACAACCAAAUUCUUGAGAAGGCUCAUUCAACUUCACUUUUACACCCACUGAAAUUAAUCUCUACUUUCCAAAUGGCUGAGAAAAGCAAAGUUCUGAUCAUUGGAGGAACUGGAUAUAUUGGAAAAUUUGUAGUAGAAGCAAGUGCAAAAUCUGGACACCCCACCUUUGCUUUGGUUAGAGAGAGCACACUUUCUGACCCUGUUAAGAGUAAAAUUGUUGAGAAUUUCAAGAAUUUGGGUGUCACUAUUCUUCAUGGUGAUUUAUAUGAUCAUGAGAGUUUGGUGAAGGCUAUAAAGCAGGUGGACGUGGUAAUAUCAACAAUGGGGAUGAUGCAAUUGGGUGAUCAAGUUAAGCUCAUUGCUGCUAUCAAAGAAGCUGGAAAUAUUAAGAGAUUCUUCCCUUCGGAGUUUGGUAUGGAUGUUGAUAAGACCAAUGCUGUGGAACCAGCAAAGUCUGCAUUUGCUGUGAAAGUUCAAAUCCGCAGAGCUAUUGAAGCUGAAGGAAUUCCUUAUACUUAUGUCUCAUGCAACUGUUUUGCUGGUUAUUUCUUACCAACUAUGGUCCAGCCUGGUGCCACUGUUCCCCCUAGAGACAAAGUCAUCAUUCCUGGGGAUGGAAAUGUUAAGGCUGUAUUCAAUGAAGAACAUGAUAUUGGCACUUAUACUAUUAAAGCUGUUGAUGAUCCGAGAACGUUAAACAAGACCCUCUACAUUAAGCCUCCCAAAAACACGUUAUCGUUCAAUGAGCUAGUGGCUAUGUGGGAGAAAAUGAUUGGAAAAACUCUGGAGAAAAUCUACAUUCCAGAGGAGCAAAUUCUCAAAGACAUCGAAACAUCUCCAAUGCCAUUGCCUGUUAUACUAGCAAUCAACCACGCAACAUUCGUGAAGGGUGAUCAAACCAAUUUUAAGAUCGAGCCAUCAUUUGGGGUUGAGGCCUCGGAACUUUAUCCAGAUGUCAAGUACACCACUGUGGAGGAUUACCUUGGUCACUUUGUCUAAAGUUUACACGUUUAAUGUCUCCGAUCACUCGAAUAAAUUGUUAUACGAUGGGUGUUGUCAAAACAUUUUGUCUUGAUUUGUGAGUGUAUGUAACCUACGUGACCGGAGACUUGGUGAAUGGUCUGUUUUAAGCUUAUAUCUGUUUUCAAUAUCAUCUAAGUAUAUUAUGAAACUACAAAAAAUGGAAAACAUUGGUGGAUUUUUGCUUUUG